UCCCUCCCACUCUCUCUGUGCGGAAGCUAAACUCUUUUUCCCUCGCUCCCCGUUUUCUAGAGAGAGAAGGUAGAGAGAGAGAAAAUUGCGGCACCGGCGGAGAAAGCUUUGUGACUUCGGCGGCGGUAAUACAAAUUAGCUUUUCUUCUUCUUCAUCACCAUUGCAGGUAGUCGGAGUUAUUUGGUUGCUGCUUCUUUUUCUGUUAAUUUUUGGUUCAGAAUUGUUGGAGCUUCUUCGUCGCCGGAGAUUUGGUCGGCGGUCCGAGAGCCGAAGGCAGCCGAUUGUUCAAUCUGAGGCACAGGAUAGAUUGUAGUUGAAACUAUUUUCACGGGACUUCUGAAUCAGUCAAGAGAUAGAGUUGUUGCUUGACCAUGGGAAGUAGUGAAGAGAUAAAGCCUUUGAAGCCUGAGAAACAAUCAUCUCCUCCCCAGGACCAGACCAAUGUUCAUGUCUAUCCAGAUUGGGCAGCCAUGCAGGCAUAUUAUGGACCCAGAGUUGCUGUCUCGCCAUAUUUUAAUUCUUCCAUUGCCCCUGGUCACACUUCUCACCCGUAUGUGUGGGGACCACUGCAGAUUACAUGUAACUUAAAAGUAUUUGAUCACGCAGCCUGUGAUGCCACCAUAUGGGGCGCCUUAUGCAGCAAUCUAUGCACAUGGAGGUGUCUAUGCACAUCCUGGAGUUCCUCUUUGGACAUGGAUGGAUUUUCUAUCUUAUUUUCAUUGACAACACAGGCAGGUACUCCAAAUGUGGAAACACCUACAAAGUCAUCUGGACAUACAGAUAAAGGCUUGAUGAAGAGGUUGAAAGGGUUUGACGGGUUGGCAAUGUCAAUAGGCAAUGGAAAUGCUGACAGUGCCAAUGGCGGAGCUAAUCAUGUGCACUCACAAAGUGAGGAGACAGAAACUUCUAGCGAUGGAAGUAAUGGAAACACUGGACGGGGGAAUCAAAAUGGUCGAAAAAGAAGCUGUGAAGAAAAGCCAACUAUUGAAAAUCAUCACAAUCCACUUCCAGCAGGUGAAUCAAAUGGAGCUCUUGGUAAAGUCGGUGUCCCUCCUUCUAGUGUUUCAGGAAAUUCUGCAGGACCUAUUGUGGCAUUGGAGCUUAGGAAUCCUUCAAGUGCAAAGGAAAGUCCAGCUAGUACUCCAGUGACUCCACAACCUUGUAGCAUGGUGCCAAAUGAUGCCUGGCUACAGGUACAAUGUGCAUAUGAUCCUCCUCUGUCUUUUCAGAGUGAAAGGGAGCUCAAACGGGAAAAAAGGAAACAGUCUAAUCGAGAAUCUGCAAGAAGGUCGAGGUUAAGGAAGCAGGCUGAGGCCGAAGAACUUGGAAGGAGAGUGGAAUCCCUCUCUGCUGAGAACACCACACUCAAGUCAGAAAUUAAUCGACUCACUCAGAAUUCAGAGAAACUGAAGCUUGAAAAUGCCAUCUUGAUGGAUAAGCUGAAAAUUGCUCAAGGAGGACGAAUAGGAGAGACAGAUUUAACCAGCGUAGAUGACAAGAGAGUGCCUAUCAGCACAGAGAACCUACUGUCCAGAGUCAACAAUUCUGGAUCUGUUGAUCGAAGCGAUGAAGGGGACGAACAGUAUGUGAAAAACUCCGACUCAAAGCUUCGUCAGCUCCUCGAUGCAAAUCCCAGAUCAGACGUGGUGGCCGCGAGCUGAUCAGCGUAACCGUAACUCCUCACCAUCUCAUAGUUCGAAAUUUUAAGUUGUUCAGGUAGUUUUGGCAUAAUUACAAGCCCAAAAUUACCACUAACAAAGGAACAUAGUUGCAGAAAAUAGGGAGCAACAAUACAAGACUCUGAUUUCAAGUGCUUGUGGGUUGUGAAGUAAGCUCUCUCUAGGCAGAGCUGGAGUGUGUUUUAUCAGAUAUAGAGUUGAUGUAAGUUGGAAGUAUCUAUAUUAGGAAGUGUUGUUAUUAGAGAUUUAUGUAUCUGCUUUAUGUAAUGUAUUUGGCCAGAUUAAUUUGUGAGAGCCAUCUAUGAAGUUUUAUAAACAUUUGCUGACCUUUUGGAAUGCCUCCUUCCUUGUUGAA